GGAAGGAAAAAAACGGCGCACCAGCGGAAGUCAACACAGUUGCAAGAUUCUCGUAGGGGCGAGUACAAGACAAAAACAAGUGGGAAUUUGUCACGUUGCAACAUUUCAGCCCCUUUCAGACCUUAUGGCUUCCAGUUCCAGUAUAGACAUAGAAGGCGCGACUCAGCACCUAAGAGACAUCUUAAAACUGGAUCGACCCGCUAACUCAGCCGACAGCACUGCAGGCGAGAGCCAGAGGAAGACCUCGUGUAAUGGAGAGCUAAACGGCCUGCUGGGAACUGACCUUAUUGGAGCAGGAGUUCGAAGUGCUAUGAUGGAACCAACGGCUCACAGCUCUGACAACAUGAAUAUGGCAGAUACUCAGACAAUUUCCCUGACUGGUGAUGAUGACUCUACCUGUAUUCCCAUAACUGCUAACAAUGUGGUAAUUGUCGCCAGUCGAGACUCUAGUAUUGACAGUAAAGCUCGUGGGAGUAACAAGGUUAAAAUCCAGCCAGUGGCAAAAUAUGAUUGGGAGCACAAGUAUUACUAUGGCAACCUAAUAGCAGUGUCUAAUUCAUACUUGGCAUAUGCCAUUAGAGGUGCCAAUAAUCACUAUAUGAUACGGGUCCUGAGGUUGGGCUCGUCAGAGCGCACGCUGCUGAAGGGUUUCACCGGGGCCGUCACAGACCUGGCCUUCGCUCAUCUUGACUCCACCCUGCUGGGCUGCGUGGAUGAAGCUGGCAACAUGUUCAUCUGGCAGCUUACCAGCCAAAACAGCAAAAUACAAGAUGAAGUGAUCGUGCACAUCCGGAGACCCGAAGACACACCGCUGAACUCCAGCCGAAGACUCAUCUGGUGUCCUUUCAUUCCUGAGGACAAUGAGGAGAACCCAGAGGACGGCUGCCAGACACUGGCAUUGCUGCAUGAAGAUAGAGCUGAGGUUUGGGACCUUGACAUCCUGCGCUCUAGCAACACUACAUGGCCUGUGGAUGCUACAGAGAUUAAAGAGGGAUUCAUCGCCAUUAAAGGACACACAGCGCGUAUCAGCGAGGGAGCUCUGUCUCCAGACGGCACUGUCCUCGCCACAGCCAGUCAUGAUGGCUAUGUCAAAUUCUGGCAGAUCUACAUUGAAGGACAGGACCAACCAAGGUGUCUUCAUGAGUGGCAGCCUCAUAACGGAAGGCCUCUCUCCUGCCUCCUGUUCUGCGACAACCAUAAGAAGCAGGACCCAGAAGUGCCGUUCUGGAGAUUCUUAAUCACAGGAGCAGAUCAGAACCAGGAACUGAAGAUGUGGUGCACAGUAUCAUGGACCUGUCUACAGACUAUUAAGUUUAGUCCUGACCCGGUAAAUUCGAGUGUUCUGCCCAGUCUGAAAGCCAGUCUGGACCUGUCUGCUGAGUGCCUCAUCCUAACAGAUGUGCAGAGGAAGGUUCUGUAUGUCAUGGAGCUCCUCCAAGAUCAGGAGAAGGGCCAUGCCAGCUUUAUGGCCGUCUCUGAGUUCUUGCUCACACACCCUGUUCUGAGCUUUGGUGUCCAGGAUGUCAGCCGUGCUCGCCUGCGCCACACUGAAGUCCUCCCUCCAGACGAGGAGAGUGAAAGCAUGACUACAGAGGGAAGCCAGGGACCUUUGGAGUCAAAAUCAGGAAUCCAGAUCAAGCUUUAUUGUGUGCAUACAAAGUCCCUUCAGGAUGUGCAGAUCUGGUUCCAGCCCAACCAGGGUGCUGCUGCCUCCCUGUUUUUGCCUACAUGCUCUGGCUCCCAGGACGGCUUUGGGUUUGCAGACCCUUUGACUGAUUUGAGCAUGGAGGUGUUGAGCUCAGAUAAGGAAUCUGGUGCAAGCGGUUCGCAGACUGACCUGUGUAAGAUCCCCUCUCUCCCGGCUCCAGCUGACUUCCUGAGCCCCUCUGGCUCGACCAUGCCCAAACUAAUGACCCCGGAUGCCUUCAUGACACCCAGCGCAUCUGUCCCAGCUUCCCCUGGCAGCAGUGCUAGCAGUUUGACUAUAGUAACGGCCAUAAGCAGCUCAGACAGUGGUCCAAGGGCUGCAGAGGACCUCACCCAGAGCCCUAAGCUGUGUACAGAUGCAGCCAGCAGCAGCUUGAACCUCAGUGCCAGCGCUAGCAGCCCAAGAGCCAACUCUAUCCUCAUUUCAGGCCUGGGCGAGAAUAUCCAGGUGCUGCCCUCUUCGAACCCCUCCAUGUCUCUGGACCUCCAGGCCAUGGAACCUGUGCUGCUGCCCCAGGCGUCCCCCACUAGAGCUCGCUCACCUGACGUAAUCUCUUCAGCCUCCACGGCCAUGUCGCAGGACAUCAUCCCUGAGAUUGCCUCUGAGACAUUGCCAAGGGGGUUGGCCGAGGCACGUGACCCCCUCCAGGGCCUUCAGGACAGCAUGGCAUCAGCAGCCUCAGCCCUGCACCUGCUUUCACCUCUGGAACUGAGUGGAGGAGCAUCUGGAGACGGCGAGCAAAGGCUCAGCAGCACACCCUCAUUGCUGGAGACGGCGCUGUCGCAGGAAAACGCUGUUAAUGUGGUUGCAUCAUCUUGCUCCGAAAGUGGUGCCAGCCGCAGCUGGCCUGCAGCACCCGAUAUCACACGCGAGACAAGGAACAGCCUGCGAGAUAACGGCCUGGGAGAAUGCUCUAGAGAGGACUUGAAGGACAUGCACAUGUCAUCCCCCUUCCACAGACGCACCUACCACCUAACACAGAAUGACAGCCAGGAUGCCAGUGCAGAGCAGAGCGAUCAUGACGAUGAGGUGGCCAGUCUGGCAUCAUCUUCAGGAAACUGUGGCUCUCGAGCCUCUCACAGGCUGCCAGUGAAGGACUGGAAGACCUCACCUCGUGGCUCGCCCAAACUCAAGCGCAAAAGCAAGAAAGAUGAGGGUGAUUGCUCACAGUCCAGGCAUAUGGAUAAUCAGAUGAGCAUGGAGGUACAGGAAGAGCUGCUAUUGCUGCUUAGGAGCCAACAGAGGGAGCUGGAUGAGCUGCGGCAGAGCCAGCAGGAGUUGUUGCAGAGGCUCACAGGCCACAUGGAUGCUGUCCAGAGCUCCAUAAUGGCCCACGUAGAGCACGUUCUGCUCACGCAGCAGGAACAGGGACAAAGAACAAUGGAGCGGGUGUUGGCAGAGGGACACGCACGUAACCAGCAGCUUCAGGAGCACAUGGCACAGCAGCUGGCUCACACCUUGGGCACUACUGUCUCAAAUCGCCUGGACAAAGUGCUGCGUGAGGAGAUGAAGAAAUCGGUUCCUCAGACCAUAACGAAGAGUCUGGAACCCUUGACUGGACAGAUGAGUAAUGUUAUUGCAGCCAAGCUUACUGCAGUGGAGGCCACGCUAAAGGAGAAUGUCACCAAAGUUGUAAAGUCUAAGAACACUACUGAUGCCAUCGGCCGAGCCGCAGCCGAAGCCAUGCAGGGUCCUAUCCAGGCAGCCUACAAAGACGCCUUCCAAAGCAUUGUGCUCCCUGUGUUUGAGCGUGGAUGCCAGUCCAUGUUUCAGCAGAUAAAUGACAGCUUUAAACAGGGAACCAAUGAGUACAUUCAGCAGCUGGAGACGCAUGUCAAAAACAGGAAGCAGCGUGAGCAAGAUGCUCGAGACCCUGUAAUUGGUCAGCUGCAGCAGAUGAUUGAUUCAUUGCAGACUUCCCAAGACCAGCUGGCCACCACAGUAGCAGCAAGUGUGCGCUCUGAGGUUCAGCACCAACUCCACAUGAUUGUGGGAAAUCUGCAGGAUUCGAUCCUGAGCCAGGUGCAGCGCAUUGUGAAGGGUGAGGUGAGCCAGGCCAUGAAGGAGCAGCAGGCAGUUGUCACAUCCAGCAUCAUGCAGGCCAUGCGCUCAGCGGCCAGCACACCCGUCCCCACUGCCCACCUCGACUUCCAGGCGCAGCAGGCCAGCAUCCUGCAGCUGCUGCAACAGGGCCAGCUCAACGAGGCUUUCCAGCAGGCCUUAUCUGCGGCUGAUCUGAACCUGGUACUGUAUGUGUGCGAGACAGUGGACUCUCAGCAGGUGUUUGGCCAGAGCCCCUGUCCCCUGCACCAGGCCGUGCUGCUCUCGCUCAUCCAGCAGCUGUCCACCAACCUGGUUACACGCACCGACCUCAAGAUCAGCUAUCUGGAGGAUGCGGUGAUGAACCUAGAUCAUGGUGACCCAGUCACCAGGGACCACAUGAGUGCCGUGCUGUCACAAGUGCGUCAGAAGCUGUUCCAGUUCCUGCAGCAGGACCCUCACAGCUCCCUGAGCAAGCGUGCCCGCCGCCUCCUGAUGAUGCUGCAGGGUCUUGUUAACCACUAACACACUCCCUCUCCGCCCUCCACUUGCCCAUCUGCAGUCUUAUCGACUUUCACGCACUCCCACCCUGCCCCCCACCUCCCUUGCCUUGCCUGUACAGCUCACUAUGCUUUGCUCAGUAGCACAAAUGAUCCUCAGUGGGUUGCAUGAUGGGAGUUGUAGUCCAGACAGAGACACUGUAAUUUGCUUUAUGAGAGCACUACAUUUCCCAUCAAGCCCUCUGAGAUAUAGUAGAUAUAGUAUGUGACAUUCUUGAGCCAUUUUUGCUGUUUGGUCUUUUAUUGUUUCUAAUAAUAAGGAAGUAGUUUGGACUGCUUCAUGCUGAGACAAAGGAUUUUUUUUGUGCUAUCAUUCUUGCGAUGCGAAACUCAGCCCUUGAUUUUGUGUUAAAGAACUUGUUUCUGUAAUCAGUAAAUAAUUAUACCUUUCGGGAGAAGCUACAACAUCUGAAUAUACCCCACAUUGAGCUGCUGGACUCAUGAAACAUACACAUCAUGCAUCUGAUUAGACUACAAAUGGUGAAAGUUCACAUUCAUCACAUUAAAGGACUUUAUAUGCCAAAAAGGAGUGCUUAGUUUGGUUUAUGUAAAAGCUCUCAGUUGUUACACUGAGAGUUGGUUGACUUUAUAAAAGUGUAGUGCUCCUGUUAGGUCUCCAGGGGCAGGAAUUUAUAUGGCUUCCAUCUGCAUUUAUAUCUGUCUGUUUAUUUGCUUGUCUUUUUUUUUCUCCCCAGCCCUGUUGAGAAGCACUGUUUCCCUUGCUUCUAUCCCAGAUUUAUUUCUGCCAACCUUUGCUUUUACUUUUUCAAUGUUGUUGGGCAAACUGGCUGAAACCAGAAGCUUGGUUUAGUUCUGCUCAGUUUGAAACAAAACAGAAAAAAUAUUUAUGAUAAAACUGAAAAAAAGGCAAAAAUGCAGUGUGAUGGUAUUCAGGAAUUUAUUUGGUCAUGUUCUCAUCAGAGCAAGGACACAUUUACAGAAAGUGCCUUAUUAGACAUGAGUAAUCUGCUUCUGGAUCCCCACCAGAUGGGCCGUAUAGCUUUUUGUGUGAGCUGAAUGUCCGCUCCUUAAACAUUUAUCUUUUUUGCUAUUGGGGAGGGAUAGAAAUGCAUCUGGGCAGCCAGAUGGUUUCCUGAAUUAUUUUUGUUAAAAGAUUUGGUAGUAGUUGGGUUUUCCCCCAAUCUGAAAAAUAUUUUAUGUGACCGAUGUGUAAAAAAAAAAAAAAAAACAUUCUAAUUAGAUGACUAUUGUUGGGGCACAUUUAUGACCACACAGCA